AAAACCAAGGAAGGUGGAGAGAAUCUAGAAAUGCUCAUUUCUUUUCAUUUCCUGAAAAACCCAGAAGUAAAUUGGAAAAGAAAUCAUAGAGAGAGUGAGAGAGAAGGAAGAGAGAGAGAAGUGAAGAAAAUGCAGAGAAUAAAAAGAGACCGGAUGUUGACAAAUUUUCAUGUCACUGUUCUUAGAAGAAGAGACUGGCCCAGCAGAUCGAAAUCUCCAUCUUUUUUUUCUUCUAGUUGUUGACGAUCUAAGCUUCUUGAAAUGGUGUUACCAAAACACCCACUUUGUGUUUCUUUGUAUUUAUUAUUAAUCUUUCUUUUUUUUGUUUUUGUUUUUUGGUCUUUGGUAGUGCCAGUCUCUGACUCUGAAUUUCCACGAUUCUUUAGUUAUUGGGCAUAGGACGUACGGCUGAAUUAUUGAAUCCACGGGGGCUUCUUGAGGAGAGGUGAUUGCAGGAUGUGGGUCUGAGGAAUGGGAACACAAGUGCACUGUGAAAGCUACCUACCUGGAUAUUACUCCAUGAGGGAUCUUAAUUUGGAUUGUAGUAGUAGUAACUGGCCCCCAUUUUAUGGAGACAAAACCAUAGCAAAUGGGCAAUAUUACAACAGUUUCUUACCUGGUACUGCCACAAAUGCUUAUCCAGGGGAUGAUAAGGAUGUGUUAAAGAAGACAAUGCUUAGGCAUGAGGCCAUAUUCAAGCAACAGGUGUUCGAACUCCACCGUCUUUACAAAAUACAGAAGGACAUGAUGGAUGACAUUAAAAGAAAAGAACUACAUAAGCAUCUGGUACCAAUGGAGACAUCCUCGUCAUCAAACCUGUUGGUGUCUCAAAUGCCAUCUGAAGAAGCUUGGAAAUGGCUUCAUAAACCCAACUUUCCCUUAGUGAACUCUGUUUCAGCCAGGCCAUCUGUUUCUGGUACUGAAAUCGUUAGUUCUCCCCUGAGUUGUACAAAAGGGAACAACACACAAGCUGGUAGAUUUCCAUCCCAGAAUGGAUGUAGUUCAAAGGAUUUUGUGAUAUUGGAGUCUAGACCCUCAAAGGUUAGGAAAAGGUUGUUUGAUCUUCAACUCCCAGCUGAUGAAUAUAUUGAUACAGAAGAUGAGGAGCAGUCCCCGAACAAUAAGAUAUCUGAUGCUUCAAGUUAUCCUUCGAGUAUAAUAAAUCGUAAGCUUGCUUCUGAGAGCAGUGUAAAGUUGAAUAUUGGAGGUGGUGCAAAGAUUGACUGUAAUGGCGAUGCUUCAAGAUCCGCUUCCUGUUUGAGGAACUCUGUUGGAUUGGCUGAUUUGAAUGAACCCAUACAGGUUGAAGAAGCAGAGAUUAAAGACUUGGAUUUAGCUGCUAAACCAAAGUCACAGUUUCUUCUAGGUUUACCCAAGGAGAAUUUUCAGAACUCCCAACAUGGAAGCAAUAAUGGGACUUCCACUAAUCUACAAGUUGAGAGUAAAGGAAUUAGAAGAGAGUGGUUAUCCCAUAUGAAUGAAACAGGACACAGUAAAAUUCAUUUUCAGCCUUUCCCUCAAGGUCUCCAACCAGAUAAGUCACACAUGUCUUCCCAGCGGACGCAUACUACCCCUGACAAAGUUCAUCACCCUUCAGAGAUUCUUACAUCUGAUCGUAGCAGGGAAGAUCUGUGGAGAGAUAGAACAGUUCAUGGUUUAGAAUUCUCUGAAAGAAGUCGUGAUCUCACUAGUUUUAACCAUUUGGAACAGGUGGUGCCUUCCCAUGUACCCAUUCCCUACCCAUUGGUUCAUGCCUCUGAUUUGGACAAUACUUGGUCCCACUCUGUCUCAUCUUGGGGAAAGCCAAGUAGUAGCUUGACCCAGAAAUUGACAUCAAUUCAAACACACCUGCCUUUAAAUUCAUCGGUUACCUUAAGUAGUAUUUCUCAAUCAUCUAGCCAUGAUAUAGACAAGUGGCAUCUUAAUAGUGGUUCUGGGUCAAAGCCUGGUUCGGCAAGUGGUCUACCUAACCGUAAUGGGUUUUACCAUGGGUCGUCAUCAGGGUCCAAGGACGUACCAACUCGUUUCCCUUCAGCUGGAUUUGAUUAUUUGAACUGCAAUAAGGAUGAUAAGGUAGCCUCUGAACGCUCAAUUAAUUUUGGUCCCGGAAGCUACUUAAAGGGCUCAAAUGUUAUAGAUAUGAAGCUAGUAAAAGACUUUAAUUCGAAUGCCAUCCUUUCAAAAUCUUCAUCCAAUGAGGUUAUUCCCCAACAAGUCCUAGAGAUCAUAGAUGAAGAAAGGAAGUGUGAGGACCAUCUGGAAGUUCUGCCUUGGCUUAAAGGUAAGCCUGCCAGUAAGAAUGAGGGCAUCAGUACAAGGAGGGAUUCAAAUUCCUCACAAAUGAGUUUCUUACAUGCUGCUUCUAACCAACUGUCCAACAAAAGUGACAUUGUGCAAGGUCCCAAUCAACUUUUUACCCAGAAAAUUACAUUAGCUUCAUGUGAUCAUGAGAUUGGGGCCAAGAGGAACGAGGUUGGUGACUGCCAGGUUACGAGAAAGAUCCUUGGGUUUCCCAUUUUUGGCAAUGCUUGUACUCCUAAGAAAGAGUCUUCUUCUCUUGUCUCCACCUCUGCGUCCCUUCGAUGCCCUCCUCAAGGUGAAGACAUCUCAAAUGUAGGCAAACAUAGAGUAAUUGAUAUAAACUUGGCUUGUGAUCCCGAGUCUGGCGCACAGAUUGCUGCAGAAGUACUUAUUGUAGAGAAGAGAAGGGAUAAUGAAGUUGCUAAUUUCAGAAACUUUGAUUUGAACUCUUGUGUGAGCGAGGAUGAAGUUACAUUAGCACCCUCUGUUGCAAGCACCAGUGUCAAUGUGAAGAUUGCAGUGGAGAUUGAUCUUGAAGUCCCUGCUGUUCCAGAGACCGAGGAAGACAUUUUACCCGUGGAAGAUCAAAAGAAGCCUGAGAUGUCUGUGACAUCACCACAGCACAAAGCUGAGCAGCCUCAAGAUGAAGCAGCUUUCAGGAUUGCAGCUGAGGCAAUAGUUGCCAUCUCAACCUCCAGUCAUCUCAAUCAUGUGGAGGGGACCGCUUGCAACCCAUGUGAAGCUCCAUCGGCAGAUUCCCUCAUGUGGUUUGUGGAGGUAGUUUCUUCUUAUGUGGAAGGUGAUUGCAAAUCAAGAGGCCAAAAUGGUGGAGACAACGAAGUAUCUUCCUCUGAAGAGAUUGAUUACUUUGAGGCCAUGACAUUGAUGCUGAGGGAGAUCACAGAAGAAGAGUAUAUGCCUGAGCCCCUUGUUCCUGAAAACCAGAAAGUGGAAGAAACAGGAACCGUUCAAUUACCAAAUCGACCCCGAAGGGGUCAGGCAAGGAGGGGGAGGCAGCGAAGGGACUUUCAAAGGGACAUUCUUCCAGGCCUAGCGUCUUUGUCAAGGCAUGAGGUAAUUGAGGAUCUUCAGACAUUUGGAGGGUUGAUGAGAGCAACAGGUCACCCUUGGCAGUCGGGAUUGACUAGAAGGAAUGGCACCAGAACUGGUGGGGCCAGGGGAAGGCGGCGUUCAGUGGUGCUCCCCGCCCCUGCUGAGACAGCAAGCACCAUUUGCAUGCCCCUAAUGGAGCAGCUUAAUAAUAUUGUCGGAUUGGAGGAUAAAGCCUUAACAGGGUGGGGAAAGACACCUCGACGGCCCCGCCGCCAGAGAUGCCAUGCAGGUAAUCCUACCUUGAUCACUUUAACCUAAUUAUGGGAUAUGAGGAUUGAUUUUUAGACUGAGCACUUCAUAUAUAGGGAAGUAGAGAGCUGUUUUCAUGGCUUUUGAAGUGAGUUUGUUGUUAGUUUGAAGGGGAUUUGCCUUUGUACAUGUCUUCUUAGCCCAUAAUUUGGGCUUCCCCUUGAUUUUCUGUUUGUGGGUAAUCAACCAACCUUUGUACUAUUUCCAAAUAAUGUUGCGUUAUUUCUUCUGGGAUAUAUAUGUAUACAACAUUGCUUCGGAUGCAUGUUCACUACUCUGCUUUUGGGUAUUGUUCUUUGGUCUCAA